AUGGCUGGUCCGGCGUCUCCGGCGCCUCCUACCCAGGGCGGCAGCUCGGAAACACCUUCAUCAAACACCAAGCGGAAUUCAUCCCCCGGCGCUGGCAAGACUGGUCUACGGACCAAGUAUGUGCCCAGGGCUUGUCAGGAGUGCCGCCGGCGUCGUGCAAAGUGUGAUGGCACAAAGCCAACUUGCUCCCGAUGCAAUGCCCGUCAAAUACCAUGUGUCUACAACACCGGGGAUGACGGCCGUGGAACCGCCCAAAAGUCCUAUGUGCGUCUCCUGCAGGGUCGGAUUGCUCUCCUGGAAAAGAUCCUGUGGCUGCACUCGAUCGAUAUCCACGCGUCUACGGCUCAGCUGAUACAGCAGAAUCUUGUGCCGGCCACCAUCGCCUCCUUGACGGCCAGUGGCUCAACUGCCGCCUUGGACGAGCUCUGCGACACGUUUGAAGGUACAUUGACGCUUGAUGAGUCGCAAAACUUUGACCAGGACGGAGAGGCACGUUAUUUCGGCCCGGCCAGCGGUCGACUUGACUUCAAGCCGCUCAAUGACGUGCCUCGGGACUUGCCCACAGAGUACUCGCCAACAUGUGCAGAGGUCCAGAUUUUGGGUCAUCAAAGCAGCGUCAAUGGAGAGCUUGAAGCACACCUCCUAGAACAAUAUUUCAUCUGGGAACAGCCAUGGUUGCAGGUUGUUGAUGAGGCCUUGUUUCGCGAAAGCAGAGAGAACAAUGGGCGAUACUUUACACCUCUGUUGUUGAACUGCAUCCUUGCCAGUGGUUCCCGCUUCUCGGACCGUGUAGAGGUUCGCUCUGAUCCCAACGACCCCAAUACAGCGGGUCGCAUCUUCCUCGAGACGGCCGAAGUCCUUCUCCAUUUCGACCUGAAGCGGCCGACUAUCACAAGUAUUCAGUCACUGGCCGUGUUGGGCACCGUCUACCAUGCUUUCGGACAAGAUGCUGCGGGGUGGCUGCAUUCAGGCAUGGCAAAUCGGCUCGUUUUAGACAUGGGACUUAAUCUUGACCCAGGGUCGUUGGUUGCUUCGGGCCGCAUGACGGCAGAAGAGGCCCAACUCCGGAGGCAAGUCUACUGGUCGUUGUAUUGCGUGGACAAGCUGGCGGCUGCCUACACAGGACGUGUCUGUAGCAUGCUUGACUUGCAGGGUGCGGUCGGGGUGCCGACGAUGCCAACCCACACUGGGCGGGACAAUCGUCGGCAUGCGUUGUAUUCUGUCGACCCAAGACUUCUCGUCUCGCUUCAUACAGACUUGAUCAAAUUGUGUCAGAUUCUUGAAAAAAUCUUGUUGAACCUGUAUUCUCCUAGGAAGCUGUCGUUUGCCGGCCAGCGAAGGAGUUUCUUCGACUCGUGCCUCCUUUGGUUAAAGCACUGGCUAUACGGCCUGUGUACAGAUCUGAAGCCUCUUCACGGCGGAGUACCAAAUCAGUUCCCCCAAGCGUACACUCUGUGUAUGGUGUACCACACGGCCAUUAUCCUUCUCGCACGGCCCUAUGUGCAGAGUCGAGCGUUUGAAGAUCCCGCGAGCUUGGAGCCUGAUGCUCUAGUUAUAAAGGCACAAGAUGUUCUCCUCGAGGCUGCAAGGAGCAUAUCGUCUCUGGGGGAUCAAUAUCGCAAAGUAUUUGGUAGUUUUCGGAGAAGCCCAAUUACGGCAACGCAUGCCAACCUCUCUGCGGCGUUGGCGCUGUUCAAUUCCCGGGGUGCAAAUCAACCCGGGGCUCGAUGUAAUCCGUCUGAUGAUGCAAGGAUCAAAUCCUGCCUUCAGACAUUGGAAGAGCUUUCGGUUGCAUGGACACCUCCACGCAAAUAUCUCUCCAGCGUGUUAAAGAUGAUGCAAGGUGACUCUGCGGGUCAACAAAAAGGGGCUACAACUUCUGAUGCUUUGGCGAAUCACCACGACGGGGAUUUGUAUCCCACUUCUGAAGCAAGCCAAGUGACCAAUUUGAUGCAGCCCGCCGAUGUGGUGUGGUCUGGACAAGUAAUUGACGCAAUGAGCUUGCCGUUGUGGCUGUCAGCGACAGUGGGCGACUCAAGUCUGGGAGAGUUUUCGACAGCGGCAGAGGGAAUCCCCCUCCAAGAUGGAAGCGAUGACAUAGGGGAACAGUUUAAGGAUUGGCUUGAACCGCCGUUUCCAUGGGACUUGUUUUCUAGCUGA